AUGGCAAGGAUUUUAUCUAUCCACGCGAGUAUCAUGCUUUGUAAAAUACUGACAUUAAUUCUCUUACAAGGUGUCUUGACGUCCAAUGCCUCAGUCAUGUCCGAGGUCAACGCUGGAGGUAUUCCAGACACCAGCAGGGUGUUUGGCCCCGGGGGACCCGCGGAUUUACUGUCUGAGGCAACGGAGGCAAAGUCCAGAUCUAAGCGCUGCACCUGUUAUUCCUACAAGGAUAAAGAGUGCGUCUACUACUGCCAUUUGGACAUCAUCUGGAUCAACACUCCUGAACGCACGGUGCCCUAUGGAAUGUCGAGCUACAGAGGACCUCAGCGAAUCAGACGUGCUAUCGGUGGGCAAUCAGCUGAGCAUGAGGGGGCAAAGACUCAGCGCUGUGUGUGUGCUGUGCUUGGCGCAGACCCUGAGUGCCAUGACUUUUGUCUGUCAAGCCCUGUGCAGACUGUGCCCAUCAGGAGUCUUCACAGAGUCCCAGGCCCUGGAUGACAGCUUGACGCCUCUCCAUCUCCUCUACUCCUCGAGGGAAUGGACCCUUCACUCACUGUUUGGCACACUUGCUUCCACAGGUACACUCACACUCAAGCAAAGAACUUUGGAGU